GCAGUUAGGGAAUAUACAUUUAGUGCAAAAGAUAUAUAAAUAAUGGAUGUUGGUUUAAGUAAGAACAGGUAGUAGCCAAGGAAACAUGCAGGUUUUUUGAUGAUAAGAAAAACUCCUGUGAAAACAUGGCACUGCUACAUAAAAGGAAUUUAUAUCACUUUCCAAGUAUCAAAACGGAGGUAGACUGGGUUUCUAAUUUGUUCUGUUGCUGCUGUAAACAAUGAAACAAUCGCAACUGAUAAAGGCUGGUGUUAAAGAUGACCUUAUCACGUGUCUGGACUGUCGUGUCUACAAACUGGCUACGUGAACAAAUAAGUACAAAUGUCCAGAAACAAGCAUCACGGAAACUUAGAAUUCUAGAUACAUCAUUUGUAAUGGAUAGGACUGCUGAUACUUACAAUGAGGGUUACAAAUUAGGCCAUAUCCCGCAGUCAGUUCACUUCAACAUAUUCAAAUGUACACCAGAGAAACCAGGUAUUAAAGUUGGUUUUCCAGAUGAAAAUUGUUUCACUGAUUAUGUUCAGUCCCUUGGAGUUUGGCCGGAAACGCAUGUAGUUGCAUAUGAUAGAUAUGGUCCACUAUCAGCAUACAGAACAUGGUGGCAAUUCAGGGCAUUUGGCCAUAGAAAUAUAUCUGUGUUAGAUGGAGGACUGAAGAAAUGGUUGGACGAUGGUUUUGAAAUAACAACGGAGGAACCAGAAUUUGAGCGUUCCGACUUUGUGGCAAAACUUGACAAAAAUUUGUUUAGAAGUUAUGAAGAUGUAUUGGAGAAUUUGAAGUCAAAGAAAGAACAACUUGUGGAUGCUAGAGCUGUUGAUCACCCUUCUGUAUUAGAUGAAGAGAAUGGUGGUUUUAUAGUUGGUUCAAAGCAUGUAGAUUUCAAAGAACUGUUUACAGAAGAUGGAACAAUCAAGCCUGAUUCUGAACUGAAAGCAUUAUUUGAUGGUUCUGGAGUAGAUCUCGGCCAGCCAAUGGUAGCAACUUGCCUGCGAGGUUUUACAGCAUGUGGGAUUGCAGCAGCUGCUCAAAUUCUUGGCAAAGAAAAUGUUCCAGUUUAUGCAGGAUCAUGGGAAGAAUUUAAUUUGCAAGGUCCGGAGGAAUAUAAAGGAAAAGUACAACAGAAAACAUGAUAACAAAAGUUUACAUAGCUAAAUAAUGUCUGUAUAUAGCACAAUCAAAACAAAUUAAUUAUAACCAAAGAUGUGCCUCGUUUAUUAUAUGGAAUAUGGUAUGAGAUGUUUAUUUAUUGCAUUUUACUGGGGUUUUUAUAUGGUUUUUAGCUCGACUAUUCAAAGAAUAGUCUAGCUAUUCUACUCACCCUGGUGUCGGCGUCGGCGUCGGCGUCACACCUUGGUUAAGUUUUUGCAUGCAAGUACAUACAGCUAUCAUUUAAAGGCAUAUAGCUUUGAAACUUAUUUAUUCUUUUUCGAGGUCAAUUACCAACCUCACUGGGUCAAGUUCCAUAACUCUAACAUGUAUUUUGAGCAAAUUAUGCCCCCUUUUGGACUUAAAAAAUUCUGGUUAAAGUUUUACAUGCAAGUUACUAUCUCCAAAACUAAUGCAGAUAUUGAAUUGAAACUUCACAUGUGUCUUCGGGGUUAUAAAACUAGUUGAUAGCACCAAGUCCUAUAACUCUGACCUUCAUUUUGGCCAAAUUAUGCCCCCUUUUGUACUUAGAAAAUUUUGGUUAAAGUUUUGCGUGCAAGUACAUACAGCUAUUACUAAAAGGCAUAUAGAUUUGAAACUUAUUUUUUCUUUUUCUAGAUCAAUUACCUACCUCACUGGGUCAAGUCCCAUAACUCUGACAUGUAUUUUGGCCAAAUUAUGCCCCCUUUUGGACUUAGAAAAUUCUGGUUAAAGUUUUGCAUGCAAGUACAUACAGCUAUUACUGAAAGGCAAAUUGAUUUGAAACUUAUUUUUUCUACUUCUAGAUCAAUUACCUACCUCACUAGGUCAAGUCCCAUAACUCUGACAUGUAUUUUGGCCAAAUUAUGCCCCCUUUUGGACUUAGAAAAUUCUGGUUAAAGUUUUGCAUGCAAGUACAUACAGCUAUUACUAAAAGGCAUAUUGAUUUGAAACUUAUUUUUUCUUUUUCUAGAUCAAUUACCUACCUCACUGGGUCAAGUCCCAUAACUCUGACAUGUAUUUUGAGUAAAUUAUGCCCCCUUUUGGACUUAGAAAAUCCUGGUUAAAGUUUUGCGUGCAAGUACAUACAGCUAUUACCAAAAGGCAUAUAGCUUUGAAACUUAUUUAUUCUUUUUCUAGGUCAGUUUCCAACCUCACUGGGUCAAGUUCCAUAACUCUUAACAUGUAUUUUGAGCAAAUUAUGCCCCCUUUUGGACUUAGAAAAUUAUGGUUAAAGUUUUACAUGCAAGUUACUAUCUCCAAAACUAAUGCAGAUAUGGAAUUGAAACUUAACAUGUUUCUUCGGGGUUAUUAAACUAGUUGAUAGCAUCAAGUCCCAUAACUCUGAUAUGCAUUUUGGUCAAAUUAUGUCCCGUUUCGAACUUAAAACUCUUUUGAUAUUUAACAUUUUGGGUAAUAAUUUCCUGCUUCUGUGACAAUAUUUCGAAUAGUCGAGCUUGGCUGUCUUACGGACAGCUCUUGUUUUAUUUGGUUAGUGCAAAUAUUAAUGUUUUGGUAUGUUUAUUUUUCUUUGUAUCAUUACACUCUUAUAUGUAUGCAUCCUGAGUGUGAACCAUUAGAUUGCAUUGUUCAUUUAAGUUUCAAGGAUUAGGUAUAUAUGUACCUAAAAUUGACUGAUACUGUGGUAUAGAUUGCAAAAUUAUUUUAAUUUCUUUGUAGUGUUAGCAGAAUUGGUUCCUUGAUAACUAAUUAAGUACUAAAACACUUUGCAAUCUAGAGUCUCUGUAUGAAAAUAAUUUAUGUGUAUUUAUGAUGUACCAGAGAGUGUGCUUUAAUAUAGAUCUAAUUGCGGGGGUAUUAAUCACUUUCACUGAUGACUUAAGUUGUGUUAAUGUAAUUAUUUAGGUGUCAGUUACAGUAAUGAUGAAGCUAUUCAUUGUUAAAUAGCAUGAAUUUUAGUUUAUUUUUAAUUUUAUUUCCUUCUUAGUACAAUGAAAUACAGUUAUUAUAAAAUUACUUUGAUCUGCAAUGUUGUAUCUUGCUCAGGUUAAUUUUGCAAGGCCUGGAUCCCACGAGGCGCUUGUGUUGAGUGUGAUCUGGCGUGGCAAAAUCCAUGUGAGCCGAAUGCAUCAUUGCAGACAUAGGUAUUGUUUUAAUGUCCUUUUGUUAUAUACAUAUACCUAUUUCUGAUGUUAUUUUAGUCAAAUCUGACUAUAAUUUUAGAUAUUCAUAAGACUGAAAACUUAUUUGAAACUUUUUGACUCGUGGAACGUUGUGACGCUAUCUUUACAUCAUAUCCAGUUAAAAAAAAUUCUGUAUCCGAUGGGAGUUGAAUACAUGUUUUUGUAUUUGUAGUGAAAAACAUCCUGUAUUUGGGACAGAAAAUUCGUAGGUAUCUAUUGAAAUAAAAUAUGCAUGUAACAGAGCACUUUGCAUUAUAAUGAAGCACUUUGCAUUACAGUAUAAUGGAUAACUUUGCCAAUCUUAUCAAUAACAGAUAUAUAGUAGCUAUAACCUGCAGCUAUUCUAUGUAUCUGAAAGUGCCUGCUUGUUGUGCAUAAAUUUAAAACGUAUUAUAUACCUUAUUCUUGAUAUUCCGUGGUUUCUUGUUCAUUCCGUGGCUCUCAAAAACACACUCGUGCCGCUGUCGUGUGUGUCCGAAGUCCAUGCAAGUUUCUCGGAAAAGUAAACAAGGUUGUGAGCAUCUGAAAAUGCGCAAAAAACUGGUAUGUAUAGCUUAUUUACUUAAAUAUAUGUAGUAAUGCACCUAUACAAACAUGCAUCUUCCCGAAAAAAACUCGUAACUUUGCGAUAUUUGUCAAAAUUUCAUGCAGCCGAGUCCAGCAGCAGCCAUGAUGCAGGUCACGUGACUUUAUUUUUACCCAGAGUUGUCUACCUGCAGCUACAGUUAGGUUACAUUAGGUCUUCGUACAAUUAAAUUCCAAUUAGCAAUGAUUUGUUGCAUGUGUGCUGCAACUGUCUAAAAGUGAUUGCAUGUGAUGUUUAUGAUAAAUGAAUAAAAAAAUAUUAUUAUUAGAGUUUCUUAAUUUUUGCCCUUUUCAUUUGUCCAUGCUUAAAUCUUUAUAGUAUCCCCACGACUUACGUUUUCGAUGGACAUACGUUUUCGACGAUGUCUGUAUUUCCUGUUAAUUUGCAUAUCCCGCACAUGUCGGUGCUAAAGAAAAAGAAGGUGGCAUAUGAAAACUUUUAUUAAAAUACAAACAUGCAAACCGAUUGUGACAAAAUUGUAGUGACACAUUAAGCAGUCCCCUAACUAAGUACUGAGCAGUGUAGUUUGUCAAGGUACCCUUCACCAUAGCGACCAUCAGUCAGCCAGUCUGAGCCACGGAUUAAACGAGAAACUGCCAGCUGAUCCAGACCAAUGUAGGUCAACAUACAUGAAGUGAGAUUUUUCAUUGCCUGUCAUAUUUUGUUGAUUUAUUGUCUUGGCAUGUUUAUAUUGAAAGGUUGCAGCUACUUUCGGUUAAAAAACAACAUCUGAAUACCUAACAUUAAACGCGCAUGUGAAGCUUUGCCGAUUAAGAGCCACGGAAUUACAAUAACACAGCAUACAUUGUAUAUGACAAAACACAUGUGGGAAAUCAUACAUAACUCUGUGUUAAAGGCUAUUUCAGAAUAUGAACAAAGUUCCACAUGAUCAGUUUGGCCAAGGAGCACAAAAUUUCCCUUUUUUUCAAACAAUUCCUUAUUUUUAAGAUUGGUGUGUCAGUUUAAGUUUAGAUUUGAUUUUGUUGUUUAAAAUAUCAAGGGUGUUUUUUUGUCCAUCAUGUUUAAAUUUAAUGGGAGAUUUUGUCCAAUGUUAGUAUAUUUCAGAUAUUAAAGAUGUAUAAUAGUUAUAUAUACAUUGUAGAUGUAUAACAUUAUACAUUGUAGAUGUUUAACAUUAUGCAACAGUUUAAUAUAAUAUUAACAAUGACUUUGUCUACUAUGUUUAAAUGCAUUAAGGUUGACUGUAUUUUUUGUUCCAUGACAGUGGUCUCUGCUAGUAUGUGUCUGCCAUUGGCCUGUAGGUUGCAAAUUUUAAUGGGUGAGAUAUAUGCCAAGUGUUGUGCGAUACAAGUGAUGCAUAAAUUUGCAGGAUUUAUUUUAUGUUUUUCGGUGGUUUAGUGAAAAGUAACGGUAGAUCAUGUUUGUAGCUUUCACUGUUAUAGACCGUGAGAUUUUCAAUUUAUGAUAUCCACCAUUAUAGAACUAAACUGAAUGCCAAAAAAUAAGAAUUAUAAAUGAUAGGAAAUUCUUUCCAAAAUAUACAUUAAUAUGAAAGGUAUAGAAGUUUAUAAUGUACUGCAAAAACAUAAAGAGUUACACUCUACAGAUAUUGAGAUGUAAAAGAAAUCAAAACAGCUCAAAGAUUAAAAUUUGUAGAAUUUGGUAAAAACCAUUGAAAAGAUAUGAACACAAAGGAAAAGCUUAUUUCACAUGUAAGACUAAAAUAGCUUUCACUUGUGAACAUUAGAUUUUCAAUUUUCACUUACUGAUUGCGCAGCUCAUGAAAAUAUUGCAUCUGAUGUUCACUCAAAGAUAUUUCGAUCUUAAACUGAAGCAAAAGAUAUCUUCUACUUGAGACCUGUUUAUAAGUAUGACUACUGAAUUUUUGUUGAGCCCACUUGCGGAAGCGAAGACAUAGUCGUCCAAAUGGCUGUUUGGUGUAUGUUCGUGCGUCAGUGCAUCCGUCCGGAUUUGUUUGUCAGGACCAUAACUUUGACAUGCAUAAAGCAAUCUUGUUUAUAUUUGGCGUGAAUGUUAACCUCAUUGAGACGAAGUGUCAGGCGCAAACCCGAGGUUUCUAUCUCAAAAGUCAAGGUCACAGUUGGAGGUCAAAGGUCAUGUCAAAUCUUGUCAAGCCUAUAACUUUGACAUGCAUUGAGGAAUCUUGUUUAUAUUAAUUUUGGCAUGAAUGUUACUCAGUGAGACGGAGUGUGCAAACCCUGGGUUCCUGUCUCAAAGGUCAAGGUCACAGUUAGGGGUCAAAGGACAUUUUAGAGCUUGUCCAGGCCAUGACUUUUGAUAAUUAUGGAGCAAUUUUUUUUUUCUUUGGCAUAAAUGUUCACCUCUAUGAGACCGAAUGUCUUGCCUUCUUGUGAUUUAUCAACUAAUUAACCAUGGUUUAUCAUUCAGAUGCUCGGAUAUAUAACACUUGCGCUAACAACCUUGAAACUCCAUUCCUGCACUUUUGAAUGCUGAACCAUGUUAUAUCAGAUGAUAAACAAUGUUGAUUUUAUUAAUAAGUGACUGGUUAAUUCAUUGUAAGUGGUGGUUAAUAAGGUAUAAACGGUACAUAAAUUGUGAAUAAUUUUAUUGAUAAUGCUACAGCAGUAAUAGAGAUAAGUGCCAUAUAGUUAUACCAUCUUAGUUUAUUAUAAUGGUCGAAGCAUUUUACCCUUGUUUGUUCUUGAUAAAUUCAAUUGCAUAAUAUUUUAUUAGCUCACCUGUCACAUAGUGACAAGGUGAGCUUUUGUGAUCACCCUUCGUCCGCCGUCUGUGCGUCCGUGCGCCUCGUGCGUUUGUCUGUGCGUCAACAAUUUCUUGUCUGCACGAUAGUGGUUUCAUUUAUGAUUUUAUUUUAACCAAACUUGCACACAACUUGUAUCACCAUAUGAUCUCGAUUCCUUUCUUGAACUGGCCAGAUCCCAUUAUGGGUUUCAGAGUUAUGGACCCUGAAAGGGCCAAAAUUAGCUAUUUUGACCUUGUCUGCACAAUUGCAGCUUUAUUUAUGAUUUGAUUUUUACCAAACUGGCACACAACUUGUAUCACCAUAAGAUCUUGGUUCCUUUCUUGAACUGGCCAGAUUCCUUUAUGGGUUCCAGACUUAUGGCCCCUGAAAGCGCCAGAAUUAGCUAUUUUGACCUUGUCUGCACAAUAGCAGCUUCAUUUAUGAUUUUAUUUUAACCAUACUUGCACAUAGCUAGUAUCACCAUAAUAUCUUGGUUCCUUUCUUGAACUGGCGAGAUUCCUUUAUGGGUUCUAGAGUUAUGGCCCCUGAAAGGGCCAAAAUUAGCUAUUUUGACCUUGCCUGCACAAUAGCAGCUUCAUUUAUGAUUAGAAUUUAAUCAGACUUGCACAAAACUUGUGUCACCAUAAGAUCUCAGUUCCUUUCUUGAACCUGCUAGAUCCCUUAAUGGGUUCCAGAGUUAUGGCCCCUGAAAGGGCCAAAAUUAGCUAUUUUGACCUUGUCUGCACAAUAGCAGCUUCAUUUAUGAUUUGAUUUUAACCAAACUUGCACACAACUUGCAUCACCAUAAGGUCUUGGUUCCUUUCUUGAACUGGCCAAAUUCCAUCAUGGGUUCCAGAGUUAUGGCCCCUUAAAGGUCCAAAAUUGGCUAUUUUGGCUUUUGCAGCCAUUUAGAGACUUCAUUUAUGGUUUUAUUUGAUACAAACUUCCAAAAUAUCUUCAACAACAAUAAAUCUUAGAUUCCAUGACAAAUCAGAUCCAAUCGUAGGUUCCAGAGUUAUUUUAUAUCUGAUUACCUCCCCUGAUUAUAGUCAAAAUGGAUUUAUAUCAGUAAGUACUUAUAGGGCUUAUUUGAAAUUUCAUAAUUGUCAUUAGUUGGACUGAGACAAUCAGGGUAGAUAACUAUGGACUGAUUUUAUGUCAAAUUACCUCCCUUUAUUUCAAAUUAAAAUUGGUAUAUCUCCGUAACUAAUGAAGAUACUGAUCUGAAAUUUCAUUUAUGUCAACAGAUUUAUUUGGCAGAGCCUUCUUUUGUUCACUUACAAUAUAUUUUUUAAUUACUUCCCUUUUACGUUACUAUAAAUAGCUUAUUUUUAGGAACUUUUUUAUUAUUGGCCGCAGGGAAAACCUGAGACCACUUUUCUGUGGUACAACAUGGAUGGUACCUCCAAUUUUUAGGUGCAUUUUGACAUAUCUGUACCUCGUAAGAAUUGUUUUUUCUUUUUGGUUAAAUUUCUUCCCAUUGUUGUUCCUGUCCUUUGGACUUAAAUAUUUUUACUGAGGACCUUCUUGUCCUCAAGUGCAAUGAUAACAGGUGAGCGAUAUAGGGCCAUCAUGGCCCUCUUGUAUAAAAGAUAGAAGAUGCUGUAUAAUGAGUUUUACAACAGUUGUAUAGACAACAGUUAGGCAUGAGUUAGACAACAGUUAGGCAUGAGUUAGAACUGUAUGUGUGAAAAGGGAUUCAGAUGUUUCCAUUUAAACCAGAGCCUUUUAUAUAAAUAUAUCUGUGAUAUAAAAUGUUCAGCCAAUUGUAAAGUUAAGUUUUCGGUGAUCAUGUUGGCAGUGCAUUAUUUGCUAAUAAAGAGUAUAUUUAUCCAUGA